UGCAUCAGCACUACCACCUUUAACCCUUCCCUCCCCUCCACCCAGCAGCUGCUCAGCCUGUCAGGUCAGACCCACUGGCUGCUGACAAAUGCCAGCCGGGAGCUGCCAGGCAGGAGGCAGGAGCCGGGCAUUCCCUCUCCCCGCUGCAUUGUGGGUACAAGCAGGAUGCAAAGAUGGCUGAGAAGCAGAAGCACGACGGACGGGUUAAGAUAGGACACUACGUCCUGGGGGACACGCUGGGGGUCGGCACCUUCGGCAAAGUCAAGAUGGGGGAGCACCAGCUGACAGGACAUAAAGUGGCAGUGAAGAUCUUAAACAGGCAGAAGAUUCGGAAUCUGGACGUGGUCGGUAAAAUUAAGCGGGAGAUCCAGAAUCUAAAGCUUUUCCGUCAUCCUCAUAUUAUUAAACUGUACCAGGUGAUCAGCACCCCGACAGACUUCUUCAUGGUGAUGGAGUAUGUGCCUGGCGGAGAGCUCUUUGACUAUAUAUGCAAACACGGCCGGGUAGAAGAGCCCGAGGCCCGGCGCCUGUUCCAGCAGAUCCUGUCGGCUGUAGAUUACUGCCACAGACAUAUGGUUGUUCACCGGGAUCUGAAACCAGAGAACGUGUUACUAGACGCACAGAUGAAUGCCAAGAUUGCUGACUUCGGUCUGUCUAACAUGAUGUCGGAUGGGGAGUUCCUACGUACGAGCUGUGGCUCCCCGAACUACGCCGCCCCUGAAGUCAUAUCAGGAAGACUGUACGCUGGACCGGAAGUGGACAUAUGGAGCUGCGGGGUCAUCCUGUACGCCCUUCUAUGUGGGACUUUGCCAUUUGAUGAUGAGCACGUUCCAACCCUCUUCAAGAAGAUCCGUGGGGGAGUAUUUUAUAUCCCCGAGUACCUGAACCGCUCGGUGGCGACAUUGUUGAUGCACAUGCUGCAGGUCGACCCCCUUAAACGCGCCACAAUCAAAGACAUGAGAGAACAUGAGUGGUUUAAGCAGGAUCUCCCCAGCUACUUGUUCCCAGAAGACCCAUCGUACGACGCCAACGUGAUUGAUGACGAAGCCGUGAAGGAAGUUUGUGAAAAAUUUGAGUGCACAGAGUCGGAGUUCAUGAACAGCCUGUACAGUGGCGACCCACAAGAUCAGCUGUCGGUGGCUUACCACCUCAUCAUAGACAACCGAAGGAUCAUGAACCAGGCUAGUGAAUUCUACCUCGCUUCCAGUCCACCCACUGGAUCAUUCAUGGAUGAAAUGCACAUCCCACCAGGAGUCAAGCCUCACCCAGAACGAAUGCCGCCUUUAAUCGCUGAUAGCCCUAAAGCCAGGAAUCCACUGGAUGCCCUGAACACCACCAAACCUAAGCCCUUGACAGUGAAGAAAGCCAAAUGGCACCUGGGGAUCCGCAGUCAAAGCAAGCCUCAUGAUAUUAUGGCCGAGGUGUACCGAGCAAUGAAGCAGCUGGAUUUUGAGUGGAAGGUGGUAAACCCUUAUCAUCUGCGAGUGCGGCGGAAGAAUCCUGUAACUGGUAAUUACGUGAAGAUGAGCCUCCAGCUCUACCAAGUGGAUAAUCGCAGUUAUCUGCUGGACUUCAAAAGCAUUGACGAUGAAGUCAUGGAACACAAGUCCGGCUCCUCUACGCCCCAGCGCUCGUGUUCUGCAGCCGGUCUGCACCGACCACGACUGAGCAUUGAUUCUGUGAGCGUUGAAUGCCCUUCCCAGAGUGGAUCCAUGUACGGAUCCUUUUCUGGCUCCUUCUCUCUGACAAACCCACGCUUAGGUAGCCACACUAUGGAUUUCUUUGAAAUGUGCGCCAGCCUGAUCACCACAUUAGCUCGCUGACGAGCACCGCCUCAUAUACACGGCUCUGGUCUGUCCUAUGGCAGUUAUGACGGUCACUCUGGAAAUAGGUUGAGUUCUGAUUGUGUUUUACUUAAAGGGAUUCUCCAUCUAGAAUUUAUGUUUGAAAAACAUCCGAUUACUAACGGAGGCAACGUUGGACAAGCAUAUGGGAUAGUCAUUGGCAAGUUCCUCCUGGCAGCAAGGUGUCAAUAUAGCUUUGAGGUGGGCCAUCUGAGACAGACUGGCUGCCACAGACAUGACGCCUAAGAGCCAAGGCUAUACGUACCAAUGAGGCAGAUGAUGCCUCUACUGUGGGGUCUUUGGAGAGGAAUGGGCCAACCAUGGUUGGUGCCAACCCUUAGGUUGCUUGGUGGCAGGAACUUGUGGAGAGUCUCCUCCCCAGAGGAACUGUAUUGUUACCAGUCAUGGGGGCUGAGAGUCAACACAAGAGUCAUGAAAAGGGAAGGAUGGGACCCCUUCCUUUCAUUAGGUCAUUAGCUACUAGUCUGUCUCAGGUCUCAAACCUAAGUUUCUUCUCACUAGUACAGCCAUAUGUAAAUGGUUUCUAGGGGAGAUUUUUUAAGAUUUAGAAAGGCUCCCCUCUCCAAUUCCGUGCCUCUGUUUUUCUGAUGCGGCUUCUGUCUCUGCUGUUCCUCACUUCCUGGUCCUGGUUUGACACACAGGAAAUAGCAUAGAAUCCCCGCUCAGCCAAUCAGUGGCCAUAACAGUGACCCGCCUCAGCCAGUAAUUGGCUGUCCAGGUAGUCAAAGCCGUUUCCUGUGUGUCAAACCAGGACAAGGAGGUUCAAAGCAGCGGGGACUGGAGCGGCAUCAGAACAUCAUUGGUGGGGGAUCUGUUAAAAAAAAAGAAAAUAUCACUUAAAAGCUCUUUUAAUGAGUGUUUGCAAAGUAAAACUUUGAUGGAAAAUCCUUAUAAAUAAAAACAUAAAAAAAUCUGGUAGUGUCCAUGAUCUGACACAGAGCCGCUUGUACAUUCACUAUAAAAUAUAUAUAUAUGAAACUAUUUCUUUUGUAAAAAAAAGUUGUAUAAUUUAACUCAGGCAUUGUGUAGAGUGCAAAAUUCAGCACCGAAACACCACAAACCCCAAACAGCUGCUGCUUGUCAUAGAGCUAGAAAAUCUGUACAAAGAUCCCUCCCCGUCUUUUUGUGUCUUUUUAUUAUCAUUUAUUUUCUUUUUAGGCUUUGAGCCUACUAGAGGUGAGAUGCGCUGAUUCUAUUAAAUCGCUAAUUUAUUACUAGAACUGGAAAUUACAUUUUUAUUUAUUUUUGGUAUAUUAUAGUCGUAUUACAAACAGCCGCCUCUUAUUUUUCUACGUGAUCGAUCACAAGAGGUGGAAGUGAAAUGUUGAAGAAUUUUAUGAGAAAAAAGCAAGAUUAUUUUUAUUAGAAUAGAUGACAUAUUGACAUAAAAUAAUGUAAAAAUAAGUUAAAAAGUUGAAUUUUUUGCUCCUAUUAGAAUUGCUCUUGUGCUGUCUGUAUAAUCCAGAUGUCUGCUGUCUUCCGUUUUUGCUGCCUUUAACGGGUUGUCCCAUCUGGGACCUUUAUGGGAUAUUAAUAGGAUGUGCCAUAAAUGUUCGAUAGGUACGAGUCCGACCACUAGAACCCGCUCAUAUCUCAAGUCGCUGCUGUGCAAUAGCUGAGGGAGCAUGUCCAAGUC